UUUGACCAGUUCGGUUGUCUUUGAAAAUGAAAUCUUUUAACAAACAAAAACCCGAAGGCUGGCAAAAGACAGUUUUGUUUGGUAUCUGUGUUACGCUUUUCCUGUUAGUUUGUGCUGUGACGUCGUAUAAUUCGUACCAUUUAAUUACCUUGAGGAAUGAGCUAAAUGAAUUAAAAAUUAAAUUGGACAACUGCCUUGUACAUAAUGACCCUACUUCGAUGGCAUCGAGGGGGAAAAGAAAUGUUAUUGACUACAAUAAAAUUGAAAAUAAGUCGGACGGUGCUUUGGAGAUAAACGGACAUGUAUUUCCUGGUAUUCAAGUAACGUCCGGAUCGCACGAAAGACACGAUACGCUAGAAAUGAAGCUAGUGCCAAAUUCAUCAGUGAUUCGAGUAAACAGUCAGUCCAGCACUGUGUCUCGACCGGUCAAAAAACAACUACUGAAAUCGCUGGACCAUUCUUCCGAAUAUGGUGGCGAUAGUGAUUCGGAAUUUCGAGUAAUUCGGGAACAGGAAAUAUCUCGAAGAAGAUAUCCGAGAGUAGGAAGAGUAAAAUUGCCAGCUAUUCAUUUUAACGGUGACACUUCGAAGUACAACAUUCAGUUGCACGAUCACUAUAAAGGCAAUGGUCACAUAAGACACCUUCAGCGCACUUUUAUGGAUUGGAAACCUAGUUACUGGGUAAACAAGGCUGGUAUGGACAACCAUUUCGAUUUCGACGCUGGUACUAUAACUAUUAAGGAGUCUGGUUUAUAUUUCAUCUAUGCUCAAAUUUAUUAUUUGGACGAACAUGACAGGAACGGAUACGCCAUAGAGAAAAAUAACCAAAAACUUCUUAUGUGCACAGUUGCGGCCCAUUCGGAACAAAGAUUGACCAAAGGCAAUACGUGCUACACAGCGGGUGUCGAUUAUGUUGCGGAAGGCGAUACGAUCAACAUAGUUGAUUUAUCCCACGACCGGUAUUCCAUUUUUGAUACCGGUAAAUCAUUUUUCGGGCUUGUGAAGCUGAGCGACGUUAAAAUUAAGUAAACUACUUUCCGACGAUUGCGAACAAAUUCUUUAUUAAUUGAGAAAAAAAAACCAAAGACGCCGCACCGUAAAUUAUUUUUGGAGAAAAAAUAUACUAAACGUUUAAUUAAGU